GGCGCCAGCAUUAUGCAAAUAUCUCAAUGCCAAGUUCAUUGGCGUUUUAGUAGUAUUCGAAGCAGAUUGGUCUCUCUAAGCGAGUUCCCAAUACGUCGGUCACGACGUGACGUCGUAGUGACCGACUGAAAGGGAACCUGAUGACAAUGAUGAUCAAGUACUAAUGAUGGAAUUAAUGGAUGAUUUGCCUGUGAGCACUGAACAAAUUAAGAAAUGGACAAAACAUGACAUCAUACUCGCACAAGUACAUGAGUACAUCCUGAAGGGCUGGCCUAGCAUAGUAGAGCCACAGUUUUUGCCAUAUUUUCAUAGGAAAGAUGCACUGAGUGUUAAAGAUGGAUGUGUCACUUGGGGAGCUCGAAUUAUUAUACCAACACAGGGACGAGCUGCUUUAUUGACUCAGUUACAUCAGACCCAUUCUGGAAUGACAAGAAUGAAAGGAUUGGCCCGAUCAUACAUGUGGUGGCCUGGAAUGGAUCAAGAUGUGGAGAGAGUUGUACAGAAUUGUGAGGUAUGUCAAAGUUGUAAGAAGGCACUUGCUCAAGCUCCUUUGCACCCAUGGGAGUGGCCAGGCUCCCCCUGGGAACGACUUCAUGUAGACUAUGCAGGCCCCUUUUUGGGAAAAAUGUUUUUAAUUUUGGUAGAUUCCCAUUCUAAAUGGUUAGAAAUUUACCCGGUAAAACAUGCAACUUCACACAUCACUAUUAUGAAAAUGAGACAGUGUUUUAGCACACAUGGAUUACCUAAAAUGAUUGUGACGGACAAUGGAACAUGUUUCACAAGUGAAGAGUUUAAGAUUUUCAUGAAGAGAAAUGGCAUUCAGCAUGUUAUGUCUGCUCCUUACCAUCCUUCAUCAAAUGGCCUUGCAGAACGGGCUGUACAAACCUUCAAGGAGGGGAUGAGGAAGUUAACAGGUGACACUGUGGAGACAAGAGUAGCAAGAUUCUUGUUUAAUUAUAGAAUCACACCUCAUGCAACAACUGGAUUGGCACCUGCUGAAUUGUUAAUGUCCCGUAAGUUAAGAUCAACCUUUGAUUUGCUCAUUCCUGACCUGAGGACUAAAGUCCUACAAAAACAACAAAAACAAAGAGAAAGCCAUGAUAAACAUUGUAAAUUCAGAAGUUUUGAACCUGGAGAUUCCGUGUAUGUGAGGAACUACAGUUUUGGUCCAAAGUGGAUUCCGGCCGUAGUGGAAAGUUGUACUGGACCUGUGUCAUACAAAACUGCUAUUGGACAAGGACAAAUUGUAAAGAGACAUGUGGACCAAAUGCAAACUCGUUGUGCUGAUGAGAUGCUGGAGAUAUUUCUACCCUCCGAGAAUGAACAGAGUGUCGAUGCUUCUGUCUUGCCAAAUAUGGAUUUUGCUAAAGCACCUGCAGGUAAAGAAAUGUCUGCAUUUGAGAAAGAACAACCAUCAGAAUUGUCUGUUACUGAGAACCAACAAUCCUCAGAAGUGCCUGUUACUGAAAAAGACACUAAUGUUCACACAAAGCUGCGAAGAUCAGGAAGAGAGAGAUGCCCUCCAGCUUAUUUGAAAGACUAUGUUACAUGA